CUAAACGGCAGCGAUUUGCGUUCGCAUCGUGCGCAGAGCUCGAAAGACUCCCAAACAAAUUCGAAAAAAAGUAGCAAUCGUUGAAAAAUUAUAAAUUUUAAACUAAAUCUGUGCAAUCUAAAACAAGAUACAAAACUAAAUUUCAACAAUAUAUUUGCGUUCAAAAACAAAAGCGACGCGUUCAAGUGCAAAAAAAAAGUCGAAGCGUUCUUUUUAAUUAUAAUUAUAUUUGUGUAAAAGAAAAAGUAAAUAAAUAUACAAACAUGGUGAGCACAGCGCUUAAAAUGAUCAUGGACGAGAAUGCAACGGAGAAGUACAAUAAUGUCCAAGUGAAGAAAUUGACGGUGCCUUCAAACGAGGCAAACCACACAAAGCGCGCCGCACUCGGCGAUCUGCAGAAUCGAGGACUGAACCGUGGCGUUGUCUCCAAAGAAGCGGCACAAAAGGAACUGAAAGACGUGAAAUUGGCCAAGGCGCGUGUGGACACACACUGGAAGAAGCAGCCGCUGGGCGUGAGCAAUGCCAAUGCAGGUGCAGCCAAAACAACAGCCGCCUCCUCACUGAUGCGCUCCAACUCGAUGCGCACCAAUGGGCAGCAGCCCGCUGCUGGGGUGAUGUCCCGCCAGAUCUCGGCCAGCACGCUGAACGCUGGACGCACCGCUGCAACGACAACGGCCAAUGCAAAAGUGGCCGCCGAUGCGAACAACAAGCUUGCAGCUGCAGCCAAGCAAAAGUCCAUCUCUGACGAGAAGGUCAACACGCUGCGUCGCGAGGACAGCAACUUGUCACGCAAAUCGCUGACCAAGCUGCGCGCCGCCCUGGCCAAGCCGAAUGUGCCUGCUGCCGCGGCAGUCAAUGCACAGAAGAAGGAACCGCUGGUGCCCAGGGCGCAGCCCAGGACUGCAGCAAAUGCGCUGGCAGUUAAAAAGGAUGCAGCUGCUGCUGCAGUGCACCUAAAGAAGGAACCUAUGGCCCUGGCCAGGCUGCCCAAGAUGCGCCCCACACCAGCCGUGGCUGCCACAACAGUUCCAUCAACCUUAUCGCUGGCCGGCAAGAGGCUAGCAGAGGUGGAGGACAUUGAUGCCGAUGAUCGGGAAAAUCUGGUUUUGGUAUCGGAGUAUGUGAACGACAUUUACGACUAUCUAUAUGAACUGGAGGAGCAGCAGCCCAUUCAUACCGAUCAUUUGGCCAAUCAGCUGGAGGUGUCGCACAAGAUGCGCGCUGUGCUCAUCGAUUGGAUCAACGAGGUGCACUUGCAGUUCCAUUUGGCUGCCGAGACAUUCCAUCUGGCCGUGGCCAUUAUCGAUCGCUAUCUGCAGGUGGUCAAGGAUACCAGGCGCAAGUAUUUGCAGCUGGUGGGCGUCACAGCUCUCUUCAUAGCCACCAAAUACGAGGAGCUCUUCCCGCCGGCCAUUGGCGAUUUUGUGUUCAUAACCGACGACACCUAUACGGGUCGCGAGAUAAGGCAAAUGGAACUGCAAAUACUGAAGGCCAUCGAUAACAAUCUGUCGCGUCCAUUGCCCAUACACUUCUUGCGGCGCUACUCGAAGGCCGCCAGCGCUGAGGAUGAGCAUCACGCCAUGUCCAAGUACUUCUUGGAACUGGCUGGCAUGGACUACGAGCUGGCCAGCUAUAAGCCCUCCGAGAUUGCAGCUGCCUCGCUGUUCCUGUCGCUGCACUUGCUCAAUGGCAACGCACGCGCUGCCACGGGCUUCAAUGACAAACACUGGACGCCUACUCUGGUGCAUUACUCACGCUACACGGCCGCAUAUUUGCGUCCGAUUACACGGCAAAUUGCGAAACUGGCGCGCGAUGCGCCGACUGCCAAAUUGCGGGCCAUUUACAACAAGUAUCAGGCCAACAAGUUCCAGAAGAUUGCGCUGCGUCCCGAACUGAGCGGUCCGCUCAUGGACUCGAUUGUGGGCAAGAAAUAGUAGAUGCCCCACACUCACUACGUGUCGACUUUUGGCCCGUGCAGUUAUUGUUAAUAUUGACUGCAUUUUAAGUUUAGUUCAAUUUGUUUUCUAUUUAAAUUUGUGUAUUUUUCGUUUCGUGUUCCUCACUUUAUGUGCGAAUGUGUGCGUGCGUGUGUAUAAUAAUCAUUAUAUGAUCCUCAUCAUGAUUACGUUUAAUGUCCUCUCCUGUGCGCGUCUUGCAUUUGUCUCAUCGCCGCUUUUAAGGUGAUCAACGGCAAAGGCAGUCCCCCUCUCCCUGCACCCCUACCAUAUAACAGGAUCCAGUCCAUCGCAGGCUCAACAGCUUUGCUUUAUUUGGCCACAAGUUGUUCGAGUUUGUCCCUGGUCUGUGGCCCGCGUCCCCCUACUGAUGAUAUAUACAUAUAUAUUAUAUAUGUAUGAUUGUAUGUGAGAAGAUGGUUGGACACUGAGAGCACCAAUGAGCAAAUUUUAUAUAAAAAGAAAAAAAAAACAGAAAAACCGGUGAGCAACGAGCGCAUUUGCUGGCUGAAGAUAUCGGCGUUGCCUCUCAAAGUAUUUUAAGUUACUUUCCCAAAAAAAAAAAAAACGAAAAAGAAAAA